AUGCAUGGGAUGUUAAAUCUUAUCUAUCGAAAGAGCACAUAUGGACCAUUAUAUGUUGCCUCUGAAGUGACAAAGUUCAGAUUCGUACCAGCAAUACCAGCUAUUGAUGUAACAUUCAUUCUGAAGACACAGUUUGAUUUGAAUAUCGAUGUCUUCAAUUUCUUGUCUAUAUUAAGGAACUAUGUACGGGAUCGUGGAUUUGAUGGGAAUACAAUUGAUGACAAAAGUAUCAGCCUUGAAAUCAAACGUGUUUGA